UCCGCUCCACGCCUGACAGAGCAGCCGGCGCGAACUUCUGUCGCUUUAAGACCGAUUUCCCCCCAUUGUCAGGCAGUCGUGAACAGGAAAAAGAGCAGUCAGUCACAGAAUGGGGUGGGGGGUCAUCCGCACGUUUAAGGCAGCUCCAGUCUAACCCCCCCUGGCCUGUGAGCGAAUCCGCGGUGUCCUGGAUGGCGUGGAGGUGCCAGCGCGCGCGUCAGCCCCAGGAAAUGAUGACAGCGUCCUCCAUCGCCGCUCUGCUGACUAGAACAAUCGGCCUUUUUGGUUAUUCCUCCGCGAACAUCUCGACUGAAGUCAUCUUCCUGAAUCAGGUCGUGCAGGGGGGAUCUGGGCGCCGGUAGAGGCAGGUGCAGCGGCUGCGCAGGAGCUUCCCGGGACGCCGCAGAGAGACUAGAGGCUGUGGAGUCCGAACCCCGGAGCUGAGGCGCAGCGCAUCUGGAGAAGAAUGGUAUCCACCAUAGAGAGGAAGACGCUGGAGGCCAGCGAGGAGCCGGUGGACGAAGUCCUGCAAAUGCCCCCCUCCCUGCUGACAUGUGGAGGUUGUCAGCAGAACAUCGGGGACAGGUUCUUCCUGAAAGCCAUCGAGCAAUACUGGCACGAGGACUGCCUGAGCUGCGACCUGUGCGGCUGUCGUCUCGGAGAGGUGGGCCGUCGCCUCUACUACAAGUUGGGAAGAAAACUAUGUCGACGGGAUUAUCUGAGGCUGUUUGGUCAGGACGGUCUGUGUGCUUCCUGUGAAAAGAGGAUCCGGGCGUUUGAGAUGACUAUGCGUGUGCGAGACAAGGUCUACCAUCUGGAGUGUUUCAAAUGCGCCGCCUGCCAGAAGCACUUCUGUGUGGGUGAUCGCUACCUUCUCAUCAACUCGGACAUUGUCUGUGAGCAGGACAUCUUCGAGUGGACUAAGCUCAACAACAGCAAUAUGGUGUAGCAGAAUCUCUGACUGCUUUUCAGGAUGGGAUGGAACAAACCAAUAUCGCGUGGGCUCUGAACAGAAUCCCUUUUUGCAGCCCGUAUGGGUUUUAUCGACCAACACAUCGGGACUACAAUGAACACAAUGUAGUGUUGCACCAUCCUGUGGAAAUAACAACACCAGCAAUACGAAAAUAUUCCCAAAUGCAAAAAACGUUUUAAGUACGAAAAAUUCUUAAAUAUGCAAAGAAUAGUUUUGAACUUUGUAGAAAAAACAAAACAAACUUUGUUUUAAGGUUGUAAGUUGUUUUUGUCAGGCCUUCAUAUCUACAAGUGGAUUCAAAACUUUAAUUAGAAACUGGGUUGUAAUUUCUAUAUGUUUUUCUUUGAACUCAUUCAUGGCUAAAAGGAAUUUUGUUGAAUCGUUUUAAGUAAAUUUAACCAAACACUGA